GGAAGAUUAAAAAAAGAAUAUAUAAAGAAAGUUAAACAAUACUACUAUUAUUAACUAACUCGAUUUCAAAUCUAUUCUUUUAAUUGUUGUUAAUUUAUCCCAGGAAAUAAUCAUGAACCAUUUCUUAGCUGUUACUUUUGUCGUCGUCAUUUCAUCAUAUUAUUGUGAUGCUCUUUGGAGUGGAUCUAAAUUUGGUGAUUGGGCUAAAGGAAAGGCUCCUUGUGAGGUUUGCAUGUCUGAAGUCAUAUCGGAUAUAACUGAUUUGAGAUUAGCUCAAAAUGAGUUCUUACCUGAACUUAAGGAGCGUUGUAGUAAUACCAACUCCUGAAGGAUCUUGCGAUUCUUAUGUUAAAGUAUUCGAGGCUUCAUUUGACCUUCUUAUCGAACGGCAAAGUAGAGCGCAAGGACUCUGUGCUUACUAUGGUGUCUGUGAAGCUAAUUCAACCUCGACAUUAGUUUACAAAUCUUCCUGCUGCUCCAGUUACACCUAAACAAAAUCCUCCCAAAGUUUAUGAUAAGGCCGUUUGCAAGGAAUGUAAAGAUAUUAUCGCUGCGGUCACUUACAUGGGCGCUGGAAACUAUGCUAAUACUUUCGCUGCUCUAGCUGAAAAUGGUUGUUUGUGGUGGAUGAAAACUGACGCAGUUCCAAGUGAAGAAGAUUAUAAAAAAUGUUCCGACCUUAACUCUGUUUAUUUCAAUUCAAUCACCGAUAAUAUGAUCGACAAAACUACUCAGAACUAUUUGUGUUGGGAUCUUUUCGAUGUCUGCGAACCAUCAGAAAAACCAAGUGAAUUGAAAUUACCAUACGGCCAAAAAUCAACCCAUUAACCAACUAAUCAUUUCUUAAUUGAAGAAUCAUAAUGAUAAUUGACAAUCAAUAUCAAUUGUCUAUUCCAAUUGCUAUUGAAAAAUAAAUAAUUUCUCUGCAGUAACAAACUAUCUCACAAUUAUUCUGGUUCUCUAUCAACCAAAGAGUUGAAUAUGAUUACUGAUUAUCUGUUAAUGUAUUUUUUUCAUUUACGAUUCGUGAACUCGUUUGAGGUUAGGCCACGAAAAGAAGAUUGAACUUUGUCGCGAGUUCGAAACAAAAGUCGAACCUGAUCUAUCAGAUUCGAAGUGAAUGAAAAAUCAAAUUUUACGAAAAAAACGACAGAUCAUUUUCCUUUUUCAUCGGUGAUUAUGAUUAACUUUCAAUUACAAUUAAACUAUUGAUUAUGUCUUAGUUUCAAUUGUCAACAAUCAGAUUAAUCCUUUGCAUUUCUGUUGUUAAUCAACUAACUUAAAUUAAAAAGCAAGUUGAAAAACGGUUCAUGAUCAUCAAAGUAACAAUUAAAAUCAGUUAAAUUUUCAGAAAUGUGAAAAUCUAAUCACAUUUUUCUGCUUUAAGUUUAAUUAGUUGAAAAAAGUAACAAUUAAAACGUGAAUACUAAAUGAAUUAUUAUCCCAAGGAACAUGAAAAUUGUGUGUUAAUUAAUUGUGAUCAAAUUUAACAAAGAAAAGUUUAAAUCAUGAAGGAAAAAUUUGUCAAAUCAAUUGACUAAUUUAAGAUUGGUGUUAAUGAUUAACGGUUGGUGAUGAUUACGAUGAAAAAUUAAUACAUUUUGAAGGUAAGGAAAAGUUAAUUGUAAGGAAAUGAUAUAAUAAUUAUAGCAAUUCUAAUGAACAGACGAAGCAAAGUAAUCAAGCGAAUCAGAAUGUUAACAAUUAACUGAAUUAAAAUACAAUAAUAAAGGUAAGCAAGUGAAAAGGAGUUGACUAAAUAAGACAUGAAACUAAUUUUCAUGUAUUGUAACUGCAGUCAGUUAAUUGUUAGUUGGAAAAUCAAAUCAUCUUUAUCUUUGCGAAUCAACAAUUUAACAAAAGUCACUCACAAUUAAAACUCUUCUUGUUGAUUCAGACAUUUGCAGCUAUUGACAUUUGAUCAGUUUCAUUCAAAUUGUGAUUGUGACUAUUUUAUUGGAUUCGUUUUGUAUUUUUGUUUCUGUUGAUUCUUGUUUAAUUGUUAUCAUGUUUUCAUCAACUGAAUUAAAUGUUGAUCUUGUUGCUGAUUGUCUACCCGAUUGGCCGAAGGGUCCGCUUGAUGAGUGGCGGUCAAGGGCAACCUUUGAUUGGAAGAUGAUGAAACUUGUUCUCGAAGGUGAUUAUGUUAUUCGUUAUAAGAAUCAAAUUUGGUCCAUGUUAAGAUCAGAUCCCGUUUUCCAUCAAAAUCCUUGGGACGAGUAUAGUCGAGAUGAGGAGAGACAAUUAACUUUUGCUCGAUUGAAGCAUUUAGUUGAUUAUAAAUUGUCUUCCGAAGAUGAAGAUCUAAGUCAACCUUUUAGGAUUCCAACUUUUGUUCAGGCAAUUGGUCAGUUUUCUUGGUCUUUAAUUGUUAAACGGACACUUUCCUAUGAAUAUUUUGUUCUUGCCUGUAAAUCUGAUAAAAGCGGCCGCAAUUCAGAGUUAAUUGUCGAUGUGAUGAACUUUAAAGGCCUCGGAGCUCUCAGUAUAACGGAACUGGCACACGGAAGUAACACCAAGGCAUUGAAAACAUCGGCAACUUUUGAUCCAAAGGAUCAGUGUUUCAUUUUUAAUACUCCAAACUUGGAAGCGACUAAAGUUUGGUCUGGUGUUUUAGGCCAGUCGGCAACUCAUGCGGUCGUUUUUGCUCAACUCUACACAGAAGAUGGUGUUUGCCAUGGAUUACACUCAUUUCUUGUUCCUGUUCGUGACUCAACCACAUUUGAAACCUUUCCCGGGAUCGUCAUCGGCGACAUGGGCGCAAAAGUGGGUCUUAAUGGGUUAGACAAUGGUUUUAUGACCUUCAACAACUAUCGAGUACCAAAGUCAGCCUUGCUUAGUCGCAGCUCAGAUGUUACAGCGGAGGGAAAGUACAUCUCUCAGGUCAAAGAUAAAAGCGAAAGAAUCGGCUCAACUUUGGGUGUCCUUUCAUCAGGUCGCUUGUUUAUUAUCCAAUUUGGUGUUACCAAUAUGCAGUCAGCGUUGACCAUUGCAAUUAGAUAUUCAGCUAUUCGUCGGCAGUUUGGUCCAGCGAAUGGCGAGGAAAUACCAAUAAUCGACUAUCAAAGUCAACAAUGGAGGUUAAUACCUUAUCUAGCGGUUUCAUUUGUGUUCCAUAACUUUUUUGGCUCAUUUUAUCGUGAUUUCGUUCAGUUUUACUUGGCCAAAAUGGUUCGCGUUCCUGGCACCGAUAUUUCCGCCAUGGGUGCUGAGAUUCAUUCACUGUCUUCAGUGGGCAAGGCAAUGGUCACCUGGAUAGCCAUGGAUACAAUUCAAGAGUGUCGGGAAUGUUGUGGUGGAUAUGGUUACUUGAAAGCCGCUAGAUUUGGUGACCUGAGAAAUGACCACGAUGCUAAUGUCACUUACGAAGGUGAUAACAAUGUCCUCCUUCAACAGACAAGUAACUAUCUGAUUAAAUACUACAAGGAAAAGGUUGAAACGGGAAAACCAAUCAGGUCACCUUUUGGUUCGGUUAAUUUUAUUGAUUCAAUUGAUGCAAUUAUGGAUAAAAAAUCAAAUAACAAUCAACUUAAUGAUAUAACCGGAGUGUUAAAUGCUUACCAAUUUCUUGUUUGUUAUUUAUUACGUUUAAGUUACUCUAAAUUGUUACGAAAAACUGAACAAUUAGGUGAUCAAUUCGCCGCUAAAAACGCAACUCAAGUUUACUAUUUACGAAGCUUAUCAAUCGUCUUCUUUGAAUUAGAAGCUCUUAAUCGUUACCAAUCAUUUCUAAUCAAUUUUAAUCAUGCACCCAAAGAGAUAAUUAAAGUUCUCAAACAAUUAGGUCUUCUUUAUGGUCUUUGGUCAAUCGAGAAACAUUUAUCGAUACUUUAUGAAUCUGGUUACUUGUCACUUCCAAAGUCACAAUCAACUGGAAGUGAAUUGAUUACCGGAACCCCGACGAUAAUCAAGGAAUUGAUUCUUCAAUUGUGUUAUGAUUUAAAGGAUAAUUCAGUUGCUUUGGUUGAUUCAUUUUCUCCACCAGAUCAUAUCCUUAAUUCAUCAUUAGGAUUAUCCGAUGGUAAAAUUUAUGAUAACAUAUUUUCCGCUUUAAAAAAUGCCAAAGGCGCUUUUGACCGACCAGAAUGGCUCGAGGAAUUAACUGUAAAUGUUAAACCGAAGUUGUAA